UCUGCCUCUCCUCUCCGCCCAGUGCCGCCGGACACUUCCCACAGGCGCCUCAGAGCAGCGGGGGUGCAGGCGGCAGUGGCUGGCGCAGUCCUCGCCCGGCUGGGCCAUGAAGGUCGAGUUUGCACCGCUCAACAUCCCGCUGGCGCGGCGGCUGCAAACGGUGGCCGUGCUGCAGUGGGUCCUGUACUUCAUGCUGCUGGGGCAGAUGUCCAUUGCAAUCACUGUGAUGCUGAUCAUACACAACUAUUGGUUCCUUUACAUCCCUUAUUUGACGUGGCUUUACUUUGACCGGCAUACCCCAGAGCAAGGAGGCAGGAGAUCCAGCUGGAUCAAAAAUUGGACUAUUUGGAAACACUUUAAGGACUAUUUUCCAAUUCAUCUCAUCAAAACUCAAGAUUUGGAUCCAAGUCACAACUAUAUAUUUGGUUUUCACCCCCAUGGAAUAUUGGCGGUUGGAGCCUUUGGGAAUUUUUCUACAAAUUAUUCUGACUUCAAGGAGCUGUUUCCUGGCUUUACUUCAUAUCUUCAUGUGCUGCCACUUUGGUUCUGGUGUCCUGUCUUCCGAGAGUAUAUGAUGAGUAUUGUUGGCCGCCCGAUCCCUGUUCGUCAGAUUCUGCACCCGACCGAGGAGCAGAUUGAGGAGUUACAUCAGACCUAUAUGGAGGAACUGACGAAAUUAUUUGAGGAGCACAAAGGAAAGUAUGGCAUUCCAGAGCAUGAGACUCUCGUUUUAAAAUGACUUGACUGUAAAUAAAUAAAUAAAUAAAUAAAUAAAUAAAUAAAUAAAAAUAAAUGACUUGACUGUAAUAAGGCAUAAAGGACAA